UUUUUUUUUUCCCUCCCUUUCUUCUUCUCUGUCCUCCAUGGCUUUGUUGCAUAAGAUUGCUUCUCCCUCGGCUCUUCGCUUCGCUCCCGGUAUAUCGUCACUCCUCGUCAGAAAAGCUUCCACCAUGGCCCCCAAGCUCAGAGAUCCGUCACUGCUGAAGCAGAACGUCUGCUACGUCAAUGGCGAGUGGGUAUCCGCCAAGUCGGGCAAGACGUUCAGGGUUCACGACCCUGCCACCGGCGAAGUGAUUGGAACGGCCCCCGAAUUCACCCCCGCCGACACCGAGUCCGCCAUCGCCGCCGCCGCCGACGCCUUCAAGUCCUUCCGCACGCUGACCGGCCGCGAGCGCUCCAAGCUGCUGCGCAAGUGGUACGACCUGACGGUGGAGAACGCCGAGGACAUUGCCCAGCUCAUCACCUGGGAGAACGGAAAGCCGCUCGCGGAUGCCAGGGGCGAGGCCACGUACGCCGCGAACUUCUUUGAGUGGUUCAGCGAGGAGGCGCCGCGCACAUAUGGCGAUGUCAUCCCUGCCACCGUGCCCGGAAACAGAGUGUGGACUCUCAAGGAGCCCGUUGGCGUCUGCGGCAUGAUUACUCCAUGGAACUUCCCCGCCGCCAUGAUCACGCGAAAGAUUGGCCCGGCUUUGGCCGCUGGCUGCACCGUCGUCUGCAAGGCUCCCGGAGAGACGCCCUUCACGGCCCUGGCGCUGGCUGAGCUGGCUCACCGCGCGGGUAUCCCCAAGGGCGUCGUCAACAUCGUGACGACACUGGACAACACCAUUGCCCUUGGCGAGCAGCUGACGACGCAUCCCACCAUCAAGAAGGUCUCCUUCACCGGCUCCACGACCGUCGGCAAGCUGUUGAUGAAGCAGUCAUCCGACACGCUCAAGAAGUUGUCCCUCGAGCUAGGCGGAAACUCUCCCUUCAUCGUCUUUGACGACGCAGACAUCGACGCCGCCGUGACGGGCGCCAUCAUGUCCAAGUUCCGCUCCUCGGGACAGACGUGCGUGUGCGCCAACCGAAUCUACGUCCAGGAGGGCGUCUACGAUGCCUUUGUGAACAAGUUUGUCGAAAAGGUCAAGGCCUUCAAGGUCGGCAACGGCUUCGCCGAGGGCACCACCCACGGCCCCCUGAUCCACGACCGCGCCGUCUCCAAGGUCGACGCCCACGUCCAGGACGCCGUCAAGAAGGGCGCUAAGCUCCUCGUCGGCGGCCAGAGACUGCCCGACGUUGGCUCCAACUUCUUCCAGCUCACCGUCCUGCGCGACAUGACGGCGGACAUGCAGCUCGCCUCCGAGGAGACGUUUGGCCCCGUGGCCGGCCUCUUCCCCUUCAAGACGGAGGCCGAGGUCGUUGCGCUGGCCAACAACUCCGAGGUCGGCCUCGCCGGCUACUUCUACUCCCGCGACCUGGAGCGCGUACACCGCGUUGCCGAGGCCCUGGAGGUGGGCAUGAUUGGCGUCAACACGGGCAUCAUCUCUGACCCGGCGGCGCCUUUCGGAGGUGUCAAGGAGAGCGGCUUCGGCAGGGAGGGAUCAAAACAAGAAUACCUUAUACUAACAAUAUCCAUGGGGCAUCACAGACGGCACCUCUUCAGCCUCUCCUCUCCCAAACCCGCCUCAUUGACGGCCCUCACCCAUAAUUCAAACACCCGCUCUACUCCAUCAUCCGCCCGCCCCUUCAACACCUCAGCAGCCCUCCUCAAGAAGCGCAAAAUUGCCCCCGCGAGCAACAGCCCCUCCCCCUCCUCCUCCUCCUCCUCCUCCCCCAAGGCCGACAAGAGCAACAACAACAACAACAACAACGACAAGAGCAGCAGCCAACAGCCCAACCCCGAAGACCCCCUCGACUUCUCCGCCCUCCUCGCCGCCUACGCCACCAUAGACGCCCACUUCAAGUCCCAGCUCCAAGCCGUCCUCCACGGCGGCCGCUUCAACCCGGACGUCCUCGGCGCGCUGCCCCAGCAUGCCAAGACGACCUUUCCCCUGCGCGAGCUCGCCCAGAUCGUGCCCCGCUCCGGCCGCAUCAUCUCCCUGCUCGUCAACGAGCGCGAGUACAUCAAGCCCAUCAUGUCCGCCGUGCAGGCCAGCAAGGACUUUAACCAGCAGCCCCAGCGCUCCGAGGACAACGAGCUGGAGCUGCUGCUAAAGGUCGAGAUGGAGCGCAAGGAGGACCUCGUCCGCCGCGUCAAGGAGGCGUGCCAGGGCUGGAGGGAGCGCGUGCGGCAGGCGCGCACAAAGCAUGAGAAGGCGCUCAAGGACUGGAAGAAGAACGGCGUCGUGCUGCCGGACGUGGUCAGGAAGGCGGACAAGGAGCUGCAAAAGGUGCAGGACAAGAAGAUGAAGGAGAUUGAUGGCGAGGAGGCGCAGGUCAUUAAGCAGCUUGAUCGGAGGUAG